GCCGCCCUGCUCUCCGAGACCCGGCGGGAGGGCGAGGCGCUCCGGCUUCGCGGACAGCAUGAGCGGUUGGAUACCUUUGGUACAGAUGUGAACCACCCAACAGCCUGCUUUAAAAUAAAAGCAACUGAUUUGAACACAAACCAGAGUGUUUUUCAAGCUUGACCCUUUUGGAAUUGGAAGCCUAUUCAGCAUCUCUACUGGUUGACCGUUGUAGGAAGUGGGAUGGCAGGGCUGCAGAACAGUGCUGCCAGAAGACAGUUUCUACUUGAGCGUUUAUUGGAUGCCGUUAAACAGUGCCAGAUCAGAUUUGGAGGAAGAAAAGAGAUAGCUUCUGAUUCAGAUAGCAGAGUUACGUGCCUCUGUGCGCAGUUUGAAUCCGUCCUUCAGCACGGCUUAAAGAGGACCCGGGGGUUAGCUUUAACCGCAGCAGCCAUCAAGCAAGUCACAGGCUUCUCCAGUAAAACUGAAAUGGAAUCCAUGUUCUGGUACUACGUGAAAGAAGUUCUUAAUAAACAUGAAUUGCAACGAUUCUAUUCUCUGAGGAAUAUCACUACAGAUACGGGUCGAGGUCGGGCUUGGCUACGUUGUGCUCUCAACGAACAUUCCUUAGAAAGAUAUUUGCAUAUGUUGCUUGCAGAUAAAGCUCAUCUUAGUGUCUUCUAUGAAGACUGGUCCUUCCUGAUGGAUGAAGAACACUCCAGUAUGAUUCCUACAAUGGCAGCUGGGCUGAACUCUAUUCUUUUUGCAAUCAACAUUGAUAAUAAGGAUUUAAAUGGACCAAGCAAGUGCCCACCCUCAGUCUCUGACCUUCUCAAGGAAUCGACCCAGAAUGUGACCUCCUUGCUGAAGGAAUCCACCCAAGGUGUUAGCACCCUCUUCCGGGAGAUCACAGCUUCUUCUCCUGUUUCCAUGUUAAUCAAAUCUGAUCAAGAUGCUGACCUGCUGCCUAUUUUAUCCAAGAGUGUCAGUGGAGAUUUAAAAUACCGAAAAGAUCGAAUGAAGAAAAAGAAGAAAAUCACAAAAAUCAUUUCAUUUGAUGAGGAAGAUGGUCAACUUUUGGGGAACCCCUUACGGGUGACAGCUGCAGGGGAAGACUCAGAAGAAUGUUCUGAGAGGCUUUCAGCCUCUGUAGCUUCUCCUGCAGCUGAGCAACUGGAUCAGCUGAACGGCGACCAGGCUGUGACUUCGCUGAAAAAUCUUUCUGAAUAUCUGAACGGUGACUAUAGCUUCCUGAAGCUGGAUGUUAAAAGUAUAGAUGAUGAAGAUGCAGAUGAGAAUGAAGAGAGCAGUGCCAGAACAUUUGGAAACCACAGUCGGAUGGAAGACACAGAUGUGCUCACAAAACCUGCUGAAGGUGUGACAUCCCAUUCACCGGUUUGCACUGGAACUCCCCUGCAAAUGCUGAACGAUGACUCUGAUGAAUUAUUCCCUGUCAGUGCUGUGGGUUCUUUCUCCCAGACUGAAAAUCUGGAGGAUGGCAACGAACAUGAAAACACAGAUUUUUCAGUAGAAUUGACUCAGACAAAUGCUGAAUUGCACUACAGCAUGCCCCAAAGGCACAAAACUCUGGGGGAGUUGAAAACAUCGGGGCCAGGAAGGAAAGGAGGGUUAAUAGAAGAAGAGGGGACCAGCCACAGCAGCCAGUGCGUGAAAAGGGUAGAAACUAGCUCUCCUGUCCACAAGAAUGCUUUAAAUGAACUCCUGCCUUCAGACAGCGUGCCAGAAUCGAUGACCGUUGCGGAACUUCGGCAAGCUAUUGUAGCCAUGAUGAACAGAAAACAUGAACUAGAAGAACAGAAUAGUUCCUUGCGGAGUCUCUUGGAUGGGGAGAUGGAACAUUCAGCGGGACUCCGUCAAGAGGUGGACAACCUGAAGAAGAAAGUUUUGGAACAUGAAGAACGUUAUACAGUGAGGAUCCAGGCCUUGGCAAGGGAAAACGAGGUGCUAAAAGUCCAGCUAAAGAAAUAUGUUGGUGCUGUCCAGAUGCUGAAAAGAGAAGGUCAGACCAUGGAAGUCUUGCCAAAUCUUUGGAACACAGACAGUGAAUUUUCCAUUCUUGAACAAAAGCAAGUUGAAAACAACGAAGAACGAGCAAACUCAUAUGAAAGGAAGCUGAUUGAGGUGGCAGAAAUGCAUGGGGAACUGAUUGAAUUCAAUGAAAGGCUGCAUCGUGCCUUGAUGGCUAAAGAAGCUCUUGUGACUCAGAUGAGACAAGAACUCAUUGAUCUGAGAGGACCGGUUCCUGGAGAUCUCAGUCAAACCUCUGAAGAUCAAAGCUUGUCAGAUUUUGAAAUAUCAAACCGAGCACUUAUAAAUGUCUGGAUUCCUUCAGUCUUUCUCCGUGGAAAAGCAGCGAAUGCAUUUCAUGUUUAUCAAGUAUAUAUCAGGAUAAAAGAUGACGAGUGGAACGUUUAUCGGAGGUACACGGAAUUCAGGGGACUUCACCACAAGUUGCAGAUGAAGUAUCACCAAGUACGAAGUUUUAACUUCCCACCAAAAAAGGCUAUUGGAAACAAGGAUGCAAAGUUUGUAGAGGAACGACGGAAACAGUUGCAGAACUACUUAAGAAAUGUGAUGAACAAAGUAAUCCAGACUCUGCCAGAAUUUAUUGCCAACCCUAAAAAAGAGACUCUCGUCCAACUGAUGUCCUUUUUUGUGGACUUCCAACCUGCAGGAGAAUCGGCGAGCAAAACCAGUCGCCGGCGAGCGACCACACACUUUCCAAGGCUGUCUCGGAGCCAUCCAAAGGAACCACGCAAUCCGGAACCUCAAAGUGGCGACCUCUGACCCGUGAGAGCAUGACACCUGCAAGGACCAUGUCACGUUGGCGGCCUUUGAGUUCGAUCAUCCAAGCCGAUGAGAGAGGACGAAAAGCGGUCAACAACAACGGCAUUGAAUUUGUCACCAGAAAAGAUACUGUCUUGUCGAAACACCACAUUGCCCAAUUGGAUAAACCACCUUUGAAGUAGCAGUCCUUUUCCAAAAUAAUCAGGGGUCUCUUUUGCCCUAGGGCUAAAAUGAUAGAAAGAGAGUUGUUUCCAUUUCCCUUGACUGAGCCAUAGCACAGUGGCUUCUCUUUCAUCUGUGAGAGGUUUUGUAGAUCGUAUGGUGGUGAUGCAGUUCCCUUCAUAGUCAGUAUUGCUCUCUUAGGCUUGUGGAUUUGUCAGAAUGACAUUUCCUGUAACUGUAAUUAUAGUUAGCAUUAUUGGGCUAUUUAUUUUAAGCCAUGUUUCCCCUUUGUUCCUGCUUGUUUCUUUCCCCAAGUUAGAGCAACAAGAAGUCGCAGGGACCAGUUUUCAUGCUUCUGUGCAAUUCAUCCCAGAUCUUGUAAGGCCAAAUCUACAGAUUCAUUGAUGAAUCAUCCUGCUUUGAUGUUAAGGCAGUUUGAUGUUCAUCAUUUCUUUUAAGUGGAAUUAUUAAUGAUGAGUUUGAGGGGGGCUGGAAAAACCUUUCUGGAGCAGAAACUUUCCACCUGUUUGCUUGAACUUCCACUAUUGAUUUUUUGGCAGCAUGUUACAAAAGGUCUUUCUCAGCAUCAAAAUAAGUAGACGGCUUCAGGCCAUUCUUUUCAUCCUCUUAAAAAAAAUGGAAGUAACUCUGGCAAAGACUCCAAAAUGAAAAUGCAUCAGUGCUCAUCUCCUUUAAUGGAAAUGUUUUCUUGCAAAAAUGACUCAAAGGGUACAAAGCAAGGUGAUGGGAAACCUGAAGGGGAGAACAUGGAGCCAAAUUCACUCUGAGCACACCGCACUUGUACAGGCAACCUCUUUUUCUUUCUUUAAGAAGCUCUGCUCAGCCAUUAGCAAGAAUGUAGUCUAGCCUUCCUUAGCAGAGCAUCUGUAUUCUCCCGUGUAACCAUUUAAGUAUGUCGCACUCUGUUUUAUUCUACUGAACUCCCCUUUCUGAAUAUCAAAGCACGUUCCCAGAGAAGCAUUUGUACCCAGCUAGUUUUUGCACUCUCCCUGUCCCCAAAUAAUAGAAGGAUUUGUAAACUUUCGAGCAAGUUGGUAUAUUGGCUCAAAGAGCAUGAAUAAUCCAGAACAGCACUCUUUUGGAGAAAGGCCUGUCUGAAUUAGCACAAUUCAGUGAGAUUGAAUGUGAAAACAGAAGACAAGGAACUGAGUUAGAGUCACGUCACAUGCUGAUUGCACUGGCCUUGUGGCCAAUCCCCUGAGUUUUGGGGAACCACUUUGCAGCUGAAAUCGAGAUGAUUCAGAUGCCCUGCAUGAGUUGUUUUGAGCUUGGCUGAAUAAUAAAAUUCUACAUUUGUACUCUCCCCCCUACCCCUUUCCAACUGUAAGCCCGCAGGCAGGGCCACGUCCUUUGAUCAGAAGUCUACGCCAAGGACUUUUGCCUAGUCAGAUCCUUGAUCAAAGGACGUUGGAAAAAGCAGUCAUGGGAAUCAGCCAGAAUUUGACUCAGGAACAUAGAAAAGGUUACUCUGAAGGUGUAGGACUAUCAAGGAUGUUUUUUUUAAAAAAAAUGUGCACCAUGAGACAUUAGCAGAAAUAGCAUUAAGAGAUGUUAUUCGGUUAGGACUUGUGUGCCGAAGACGAGGAAUGGAAAUAUUGGGGAAAAGCUGGGAAAAAAACACCCUCUGCUCCCAAACUAUCAAAUCUGCAUUCUUAGUUCCUAGAAGAUUCCUAGCUUUGGUUUUGGGGGGGUGAGGGAGGGGGUACUCUCCUCUCCUAACAAGGCAGGCUACUGGCAGGGAACAAUAUCAUAGAGGAGGGGUUUCUUAGUAUGCCUAGAGUGGCUUUACUGGUUAGCAGUAAGUAGCUAUUUCACACAGCUCUUUUUGGAACUCACGGCCAAAAGGGCACCAUCAUGUUGUACGAACACGUGCUUUGGAGCACGUCCCAUUGAUUACAGCUGGACUUAAGCAGCGGAGAGACUAGGCUUCAUGAGAAUGCAAUGUUUCAGAGGCUUUCUGUGUAUUUCAUUUCCAUGCCUCUGUUCUGAUACACAUAUUCUAAAACAGUGUUUCUCAACCUUGGCAACUUUAAGAGGUGCAGACUUCAGUUCCCAGAA